GCGCACAUGGAGCGAAAAUGGGCAUGUGUGCAGUCUUAUAUUGCUUCUUUAUGGUGGAUGUAUUUCUACAAGGUCUAACAGAUGUGAUUCAAACACAGCAGACUGUGAUGGUAAAAGUAGGAGAAGAUGUUCAUCUCAGUUGUCAGCUCAUGCAGACUAAAGAUGUUCUUCAGGUCACCUGGCAGAAAGAUUUACCUGAGGGGAAGAAGAAUAUCGCUACCUACAGUGAACACUAUGGACAAACAGUGAAUCCUGGUUUUCAGGGGAAAGUGGAGUUUAAAGAUGCUGGACUGAAGAACUGCUCCAUAGUUAUCAGGAAGGUGAUGGAGCAGGAUGAAGGCUGCUAUCUCUGUUUGUUUAACACGUUUCCUGAUGGUUCUCUGACAGGAAGAACCUGCCUCCAGCUCUAUGAGCUGCAUGAACCCAUUCUACAAAUCAGAGAAUCAAACUCUACUGAAGAGACAGUUGUGUCCUGCUCGGCCACAGGUCGUCCUGCUCCCACAGUAACUCUGAAUGUCCCACAACAAGACCUCUACUUCUCUAACAGCAGCACAGUCAGUGUCACCAACACCAACGCUACAGUCACUGUCACCACUACAGCUGUGCUGUGUGGUUUCCACGGAAACGGUACACAGGUUGGAUGUGCAGCACGACUGCUCUCAGUCCCUGAAAUUCAGGUGUUUAAGACGAUUCCUGAAGUCAAUCAAUCAUCUGAUGAUGAUCACACUUUGAUCCGUACAUGGAUCCCAGCAGUGGUCGUUGUUUGUUUUACUGUAGUCAUCACUCUCAUCUUUGUCCUGCUCAAACAUAAGAACAGCUGGUCACACAGGGAUGUUGAAAAUACCAAGGCACUGCAAAAUCCAUUGCCCAAAUCACCUUUAAUGGAGAAGGAGAACCAGGUGAUCAGACUACGGUCACCUCUGCAGGAAAUCCAAAAAGGGGAGAAUCCAGAAUUUCAAGACAUAGUUCUUAAUCUGAGUUUUGAUUAACAAACCAUGGGACGCUGAGAAUAUCAAGACGACACUGAAUCUCAAAACUCGUAAGAUGAUUUCAUAUUUGUACUCAUAUUGAAAUUUCCUCUCAAUAAUGU